AAUUAUAUAAAAAUGAGAAUAGUGCUAGUGCUUUUGAUUAGCUUGGUAUUAUAGUCUAUAAUGAUUUAGGCUUUAAGUAAAAUGGUUACAGAUCCAAAAGUUGUGCUUGCAGAAAUAGAUGACAAUCAUAUGGGAAAAACUUUCUUGAAUGCCAUCUAAAUCAGUUUGGCCACAGGUUCACCUGUACAUGAAAUUUAAAGUUAUAUCAAUAAUAUUAGGUAUAAAAAAUGUUAUAGUUAGAUUCAUGUUAGAACAAGAACAAAAAGACUCAGAUCUUUAUAUCUAAAAUACAUAAGCUUCAUGCAACAGAUUACUCCAUGAUUUUUCUACUAAUUUAGCAUAUCAUCAAAGUUAAUUGAAAGCUCAUACAAAAAUUGUUGAUGAGAACACAAAUAAUUUAUAAAGAUCCCUAAAUAAAAUUGCAGAGGUGUCUGUUGAAAUUGAAGAGAAUUCAAAGAAAACAAAUGCAGGAUAAAGUGAAAGAGACUUACAAUACGCUGAAUUUUAAUCUAAAAUUAAGGAUCACACAGAAGCUAUUGCUGCUAUUGAUGAAGCUUAUGCAUUGAUUGAACAUCUUUCAGGAGGAUCUUCAUUUAUUUAAGUUAAAGGAAGAUUUAAUAAAGUAUUAUCCAGAUUAUAGAAGUAAUUUAAAUAAUCUUAUAUUAGUUAAUCAACAUCAAGUGGAUUACUUUUCUAACCAAUUUUAACUAUGAUGACUUAAUUGUCAGCUAAAUCCGAUUCUGAUACAGCAAAGAAAGUCUUAUAAUUAUUAUCCAAUUUAAGAGUUCAAAUUGUUGAAAGUAAAUCAAGUGAUGAAGACAUUGAAAAACAAUAAAGUUUGAAUUGGUAAUAAUUCUUGUCUGAUUUAACUAAUGAAAGAAACACUUUGUAUUUAAUUUUAUUAAAUAAAUAAAAGGUCUGAUUAAAGGUAGAACCUUGAAUAGGCAAUCUUAAAUUAUUAGAGUAUCAUCGAAGAAUCAUAAGGCAAAGUAGAAUAUCAUGCUGCUGAAGUUGAGAGAAAUUAAGUAUUUUAAUCGGAUUAUAAUUUAAUAGUCAAACUUAGAAGGAUAAGAUUAAUGGUGCAGACAAUAAUAAGACAUCUAUUAGAUGGAAACACAAUCAAGAGUUCAAUUACAAGAUUUGAUAUCCAGAAUUUCAGAUCACAUUUAAGACAAGAUUGUUACUCUUAAAGAAUAUCUUAGAGAAAGACUCUAAUUAAAUUGAGAUUAACAAAAAAACAUUUAAUAUU